CCCCCCGCGCCGGUGCCCCCGGUGCCCCCCCGCAGCCCGGCGCUGCGGCGGGCACUACCGGCGGGCGCUCCCGGGCUGCGCUGGCGCACGGCGGCGGCGGCGGCUCUUCCCCGGGCAGCACAGAGGGACCCCCCAAAGCCGGGCCAGGUGCCUGCCCUGCUGCAGCGCUCAUCCCCCUGGACAGCCGGCACAUCCCAGCGGCAUGGGGAAGCAGAACAGCAAACUGCGCCCUGAGAUGCUCCAGGACCUGCGGGAAAACACCGAGUUCUCCGACCUGGAGCUGCAGGGCUGGUACAAGGGUUUCCUGAAGGACUGUCCCUCGGGCAUCCUCAACGUGGAGGAGUUCAAGAAGAUCUAUGCCAACUUCUUCCCCUACGGUGACGCCUCCAAGUUCGCUGAGCAUGUCUUCCGCACCUUCGACACCAACGGCGAUGGCACCAUCGACUUCCGAGAGUUCAUCAUCGCCCUGAGCGUCACCUCCCGCGGGAAGCUGGAGCAGAAGCUCAUGUGGGCCUUCAGCAUGUAUGACCUGGACGGCAACGGCUACAUCAGUCGGGAGGAGAUGCUGGAGAUCGUGCAGGCCAUCUACAAAAUGGUCUCCUCUGUGAUGAACAUGCCUGAAGAUGAAUCGACUCCGGAGAAAAGAACGGAAAAAAUCUUCCGACAGAUGGAUACUAAUAAUGACGGCAAGCUCUCGCUGGAGGAGUUCAUCAAAGGUGCCAAGAGCGACCCGUCCAUCGUGCGCCUGCUGCAGUGCGACCCCAGCGGCGCCACGCAGUUCUGAGCCCCGUGGACCCCCGCAGCCCCCCACAGCCCCACAUCACCCCCUGACCCUGCAGCUGGCCACUGCCGCUGUCCCUUGCCCGGUCCCCGUGGUCCCCACCACUGUGACCCCCGUGGCCCCUUGCGGGGAGAGAGCUGGAGCCCAACUGAGGCUGGGGCAAGGGGGAGCUGGGGGGGGACAGUCCCCAUCACCACGGGGCUCCCGCACUGGCUUGACUGGGGGAAGGAUGGAGGCAGGGUCUGCCCUGAGCGAGGAUGGUCCCCCCCCAGCACUGGGGGCUCGGAGCAGGGGAACAACCCAGCCCGGUGGGAAAGGCUGGCGGCAAAGCCACCGCUGCAUCUCCAGCAGGCGUGGGGACAUGGCCUAGGGGACAAAGACCCGGUGGCUUGGGGGCCCCCUCAGCACCCCCCACACGUGCACACACUGCCACGGUCAUGGGGCCGGGCCAGCCCCUUCCCCAUGGCCGGCACACGGGCAGGGGCCGCAGGGAGGGGACACGCUUCUGGUCUUUUAAUACCUGCAGAAUAAAAUUUGUGUCAGUGCAA